UAGAAGAGUGUUAUCGAUAUACAGUGUGAUGCAAAAUAUCGACGAUUGAGCAUAAGUUUAUUAAAGAAAUAUUUAAUACAUCAAUUUUGGAUAGAAUUUCGAAAUUUAAGUGUGUUUGUUUGUGAAAAAUAAGAACCUCAUUUUAAUGUGUUCAAGUAUUUUGAAUUAAAUAUUAAAAAGUCAACAUGAAGAAAAUAUAUCACGUUAAAAUAUUGUCAGCCACAAGAAUUAUUGGUAUAUGCAACAUGAUAAUAUUGGGAUGUACAACGAGCUUGUUUUCGAUAAAAUACAUAUCGUCGAAAACGGAAAUUGACUUUUAUAUCUUUAUUCAAUAUUUGAAUCCACUUGGUUCAAUUUGGUUGCAUCUUUUUAUUACGUCCAAUUCAACAAACAUAGCUAUCAUAAGCAUCUUCUCCAUGUAUAUGUAUUUUUUCUUCGCAACAUUGUUUUCCAUAGCCAAUAUAUAUCUGAUGAUAGCACCAUAUUUUAGGAAACCUACGUAUACUAUUCCCUGGCUAAUCAUACAAACAAUAAGCAUAAUAAAUCAAAGUGUGUCGUUCAUUCUUUCCUUUAUGCAAAAUUUAUCACGAACAGAACCAUCAUUUUUUAUUUAUUCAGAAAUUUGGUUUUUUCCAAUGUCAGGUUUAUAUCUUAUAUUUUCUAUAUAUUCAUGGUCUACUGUGAAUGAUACUCGGAAAAAAUGGAUAAAAGAGCAAUCUAAUCAUCGUAGAUUCUUCACAGUCAAUAACACAAAUGACAUCAAUGAUGCAAGUUAAUAAUGAUCACGGACAAAAUUGGUCAUCAUUUCCUUCUGCUUCUUACAACAUGGAGAAAUGAUAUAAGUUUGAACAAAGGCGGGAAAUCGCAUUCUUUUCGAAUUUCUUUGCAUCGAAACGGGGGACGGACACGUGCUCGUCCUUCUUCCCCCUUUUCUGAGAGAUGGAUGGACAACGGGGAGCGGCAACGGGAAAUAAAUUUGUGAAACACGAUGGACGACGUAGCACAAUAACUGCGUUUAAUACUACAUUAAACACGAUACAGAGAGAGAGAGAAUCUACCCCGUGACCACCGUGACCAAGUUUCUUGGACAAUACACGAUGACUGUAUUACAAGGGAUGAAAAUUUAUAUGAUCACGGAGUUCGUGUGCGUGUAAAGAUCUUUGCGCCUCCCUUAGAGAUUUUUGUCCCUAAAAGGUAAAGGAUAAUUAAUAAAAAAAAGCUCGUUUAAUUCACUUAAUCUAACUUAAAUUUUCUCAUCUUCGAAACAGACCGUUCCUCCUCAACGAUCUUCCUCGAAUCAAUUUCCCCGUAAUUUCCCUGGAACAAGCCUGGUGUGUGUGUGUGUCAUUCACAAAAAUGAUCCAAGAUGAUCGAUCUCCACGUUAGGAUCGAUGGGCAGAGAGAACGAGGGAUACGGUGUCCGGUUAUCUGGUCGGUCGAUUCAAAGUGGCGGAAGCGAGCGAGAGGGAUGGUGGGCGGAAGGAGCCGGUUUUUCGAGAAUGGCUGCUGUAGGUGUCGAAGGGACACGGGGCUCGAACGAGGCCGCAAUUAGGCGGCCCCGGGGUCGACGUGCAACGACGAGGUCGGGCAUUAUGCAAAGCAGAUUUUAAAUUUAGAUGUGGCCCACCGUGCCCACACGCCUCUCUCACUCUUUCCACACACACACACACACACACACAUCCCUGUCGCAAAGAAGGAAGUGGAAGACACGAUCGCGUGUUGUGCUCGACAAAUUAGCGCGUUUUAAAUCCAAUCUAAGCCGAAAGGGGAAGGGAAUCGUUAUGGAUGGAGGGGGGGUGGCUCGAGGGAUACUCGGCGAGCUGUUUUGCAUUUCUGGCCCGCGCGCGCGCCCAACAUUUGAGGUGUAAAAUAUUAAAUCCAGGCGCCUCCGCCAUAUCGCCUACGUCCUCGAAAGAGACGGAGGAGGAGGAGGAGGAGGCGGAUGGAAACGGCGCGCGGAUAGGGGUGCAGGAUGUGCGGAGGGGAGGUCGAGAAGGGGUCCGUUGCUAGAUGGGGAAGAGGAUAUGGCGAGGGUGGCUCUGCGGCGCGCACUCAGCGAGUUUACAUUUAAAUGUAAAAGUGCCGAGUGCUGCUAGGCGAAAGCUGCUGUUUUGCAUUCGAAAGCUCAUGAUUGCCUCUGAGCUUUGCUUUUGACGUCGAGCGUUUCUCUCGACCGACGGACGGACGGCGAGUAGAGUUGCGCGGAGAGUUCCGCCGCGUUUUCGAACGGAUGGGACGGAGCUCAGAGCUUCCGGAAAAAUUUCGCACAAACGGAAUCGACGAUUAUCUCGAAACCGGUCCUGCUCCCCGGAACGAGUGCGCCAAUUAAUCAACUCCGGUUGUCACACUCCUCGCGCUGCCAUCAACCGUACGUACCCAAACCAUACCUCUCUGAUCGUCAUUAAUAUAUUAAUCGGAUGCUCGUUAAGCGCGAAAUAUAAUCGUGUCGCGCCAGUCAACGAGUUAAAUGGAUCGACGGCUAAUUAACAACGGCCAUCUAGCCACCGUCACAAGGAAAUUCGAUGAAUUUUCGCCCAUUUCUCUGAUGUCCAACGCCUAUUUUUUUUUCCUUUCCUUUUUUCUCUCCUCCACGUUUUUUAACCGUCUUCUCGAUUUUUCAGCACUCGACUCGUCAAGAUUCUCCUCACAAAUUAAACGGAUGGACGGAAGAUCGAGCAUGUCUCUACGAAAUCUAGCUAUAUUUUUGAUCUUUUAAUUAUUUUUCUCAAGUAUUUUCGAGGGCGCAUGCGCCGAUGAAAUUUCACCUACACACACUUACACGCACGCACGAUUUAUUUCCAGGUUCUAAUCAAUUCUCGGAACGAAACGACAGACACACGAGGUUACGAGCUAACCCGCUGUUAUUCUUCUAAUAUGUAUGUUUCUUAUGUGCGCCGGUAAAAGGGCUUCGUGCAAUUUCCUAUGAUAGAUCGAGUCCCGCGGACAAGUUCCAUUACGGCCAGCCUCUGAAUUAUUGAACUGGCAAUUCCCUGGCGACACGCGGGACACCCUGCAUCAAAGUGUCAACGGGCUCAUUAAGUCUCCAAAUCAUGUGAACUAACGCGUUAACCGUUCUAGCCUUGAACUCUCUGAUAAACGGAUUGGUUAAGUUUUUAAUUUCCAAAGAAAGGGAAGAAAAGAGGGAAAAGCAGUAAGUAAUUAUCCAUAAGCAUCGCUUUAAUACAAUCGUUCUCUUUUAUCAAUAUUAUCUUUUUAAUUAACAUGAGCUUUUUUUUAACCAGAAUUUUAGUAUGUAUAUGUUAUAUAUGGGAGAGAUAAAGUAAAAGGAUAGAUCAGAUUUCAUUGAUAACAUAGGGAAAAAAGAGGAAAAAGCAGUAAAUAAUUAUCCAUAAGCAUCACUUUAAUACAAUCAUUCUCUUUUAUCAAUAUUAUCUUUUUAAUUAACAUGAGCUUUUUAACCAGAAUUUUAAUAUAUAUAUGUUAUAUAUGGAAAUAUAUAACAUAGGGAAAAAAGAGGAAAAAGCAGUAAGUAAUUAUCCAUAAGCAUCACUUUAAUACAAGAUAAUCAUUCUCUUUUACCAAUAUUAUCUUUUUAAUUAACAUGAAAUUUUUAAGAAUUUUAAUAUAUAUAUGUUAUAUAUGGGAGAGAUAAAGUAAAAGGAUAGAUCAGAUUUCAUUUGAUAACAUAGGGAAUGUUUCAAGAGUGGAAUAUAUUGAGUUUUAUAACGGGGAAUCAAUAAUAUUCAAAACCGAAAUGGUGUAACGUCGAACAAUGAAGGUGUAACGUUACUAGAAAACUAGGUUUGCUCGAUUCUUUUUAAGUUUCAUCUUACGAAUCAGAAGCAUUUGCAUUCCGGCCGAUAAAAAGCAGAAGAUCGCCGAUAAAGAUUAAAUCUAUUUGUAAUCCCUUGAAAUAGGACCUGUUACUACAAACUGCGGUAUCUUUGCGCGCGAUCACCGACACGAGGAGAGAAAACGAGGAGAGAGAACGGCCCUCUAGAUUGGUAUCUGAAAAUCGCCCUUCUACUCCAUAUGCUGGGUUAAUAAGAACCCUAAUAACGGGUACCACCCCAUCGAUACACAGGGACUGUCACUAAAUAUUUUUCUUCCUCAACGGUCGCUUUGGGAAUUCGGCCGUGUCGAUGCUCUAAUACAUAUGUCGUCCACCCAGUUUCACGUGAAACAUCGAUCCAUCUCUUGCAAAUUUUAUUCCCGAAAAGAAAUUUUUCACAAAUUAGAUCGAAUGAAUCGACAGUAGAAUUCCAUUUAUACGAAUUGUAUCUAAUCAAGUAGGCAAGAAGGUUCAAAGUCUGUCCACGAUUUUUCGUUCAAUUUGUAAGAUUUCACUAUAUGAGGGAAAUUGCAAAUUAAUUUUGCAAAUUUUACGAUAAUUAUGUAAAUAUUUCAUGAAUUAAUUCUUUGCUUGCACCGUGAAUCAUAAGUUAAACGACUGUCGGCUAAAGUUCAAAAACAACGCCUGUAAAUAUAUAAUUUCCACCGAUUAAACUCGUGACAAGUCAAUUUUUAUUUAAAAUAUCCAUUUCGAAAUCCUUGA